AUGGCUUCGGAGUUAAAUUGCACUCAACUAUUAAACCAGUGGCCAGAUCCAGAAACUGGAGAUGCUAAGGACUUGGUUAUUUCUCAAUUUAUUAAUACAGUUGUACUAUCAUACCGUCCGUUCCAUUAUUUCAUACUUGCCUGUGUAGUAAUCUUUGCAUUUUUCGCGAAUAUUCUCAUUCUUAUAGUUCUUUCUAGAAAAGAAAUGAGAUACUCUGGAGUGAAUGUAACAAUGAUGCUGAUAUCAAUUUGUGAUUUGGUAUGCGCCAUUGCAGGUUUAAUUCAACUAUAUUUGAGGAAUUUCUCAGUAACCUAUACAUCAUAUAUAAAAGCGUACACUCAACUAACAGUAGACUAUUUCCAAAUUUCCUUUCACGCGGCAUCCUUAUAUCUUGCCUUGGGUAUGGCUUUUUGUAGAGUCGUUGCAAUGAGUUCAAGAACUGAUAGUCGUUACACGUGGCAAUCUCCUAAAUAUUCUUUGCGAAUAGCCUUAUUACUAUGCAUUCCUGUAUUCAUCUUUGGUUCUCAUAAUGUGCUUCUAAAUCACGUUGAAAUUGAAAAUGGGACAAUUGUGCUAAAUAUUUCGCCUUUAUCGUUAGCUAACAGUUGUUUGUUUUUGAAACUUGCAAUUUUUUUGAAUGGAUUGUUUUUCAAGAUUGUCCCCUGCAUUCUAAUGAUGGUCCUCUCUUUCGUUAUCUUAGCCCGUAUGAAAUCCGGGAAAAAAGCCAGCAAUACAAAUUCUGGUAACCAUAUAGACGCUCAAAUUGUCCGAUCUUCCCGCUUUAUUCAAGCUGUUAUUGUCGUUUUUGUUAUCACAGAAGCCCCGCAAGGAGUUUUGAGUCUUUUAGGCGGAUUAUCAAUCAACGAUUACAUCAAGUGCUGUGACACAUUCCUUCGGUGA